GAAGUAGAAAAAGAAAAAGAAAAAAAAGUUUGGGGGAAAACCAGAAGAAAAGUCCGAGAAAAUAGAUACAGGGAGAGAUCCUCGUUGACACGCAUCUAAAGGUCAGAAGAAGUCACAGGUGAUUUUCCCCGUUGAAUCAUCUCCUUCUCCCGUUGAAUCGGUCAAAUAUUCAACUCAAAAAAAGCGAAACCCUAGUAGCGAGCGCGAGGAGAGAGGAGGAGGGGAAUGGUCGGCGUGAUGAACAGAUUGAGGAAUCUGGACGCUUACCCUAAAAUCAAUGAGGAUUUUUAUAGGCGUACACUCUCUGGUGGUGUCAUCACCCUCGUUUCUUCAAUCGUCAUGCUAAUUCUCUUCUUCUCUGAGCUCCAGCUUUAUCUGCACCCGGUUACCGAGACUCAGCUCCGUGUUGAUACAUCAAGAGGAGAGAAGCUACGCAUCAAUUUUGAUGUUACAUUCCCUGCGCUUCAAUGCUCGAUUAUUAGUAUUGAUACCAUGGAUAUCAGCGGAGAGCGGCACCUCGAUGUGCGACAUGAUAUCAUUAAACGAAGAUUAGACUCUCAUGGCAAUGUCAUCGAGGCAAAACAAGACGGAAUUGGUCACACUAAGAUUGAAAAACCUUUACAAAAACAUGGUGGAAGGUUGGAGCACAAUGAAACAUAUUGUGGUUCCUGUUUUGGAGCUGAAAUGACGGAUGAAGCUUGUUGUAAUUCAUGUGAGGAAGUUCGUGAAGCUUACCGAAAGAAAGGUUGGGCCCUCUCAGACCCUGAAUCAAUCGACCAGUGUAAAAGAGAAGGCUUUGUGCAAAAGGUCAAAGACGAAGAAGGAGAAGGUUGUAAUGUUCACGGUUUCUUGGAAGUAAAUAAAGUUGCUGGGAAUUUUCAUUUUGUUCCCGGGCAGAGCUUUCAUCAUUCCGGUUUCCAGUUUCAUGAUUUGAUAAUGUUCCAUCAAGGCAACUACAAUAUUAGCCACAAGGUCAACAGGUUGGCCUUUGGGGACUUUUUCCCCGGUGUAGUGAACCCUCUAGAUGGUGUGCAGUGGAAUCAGGAAAAACAGAAUGGCGUGUAUCAAUAUUUCAUCAAGGUGGUACCAAGUGUAUACACUGAUGCUCACGAGAAUACAAUUCAGUCAAACCAGUUCUCUGUGACGGAACAUUUCCAGAACGCGGAAGCAGGUCGCAUGCAAUCCCCGCCUGGUGUUUUCUUCUACUAUGAUCUGUCGCCAAUCAAGGUUAUAUUUGAGGAGCAGCAUGUGGAGUUCUUGCACUUCUUAACAAAUGUUUGUGCCAUAGUAGGAGGUGUCUUCACGGUAUCGGGAAUAGUAGAUUCAUUCAUAUAUCAUGGACAACGAGCAAUUAAGAAGAAAAUGGAGAUUGGUAAAUUCAACUGAGCUGUUUUAUAGUCUUCUUGAGCAGUGACUUAGGUUUGAAUUAAGGAAUUUUCAAUACUGUACAAUAUUUUCCCCAAUAUUUAAGGAUCUGGCAAGAUAAAAAAAAGUUAAAAAUGAUGUUUUGAUCUCUGAUUCAAACGAAAUGUUUUUCCCCAUUUAUUUUAAAAGCUUGUUUUUAUUAAAA